AUGGCGACCGCUGUCUGCGGUCUGCAGUCCACCGGCAGUAACAGUAAACCAGCGAAGGUACACCGAGAGCACCGGAGGAAAGCAAAGGACUCCAGAAGGAGGCAAGCGGCUCUGUUAUUCCUCAACAAUAUCUCACUAGACGGACGGCCCCAGUGUCAGUUUAACGAUGGAAAUACCGACCAAAAAGCCACCGAGGAGCACCGACUCGGGGACAGAGACGGCGGCGCAACGGUCAUACCCACGCCGGCGGAUAGCCAAGGACCCGUCGCCCCGGUGACAGAAACCCCCUCGGCCGGUAGUGGCUCGUCCUCCAGUUUUCCAGGAGUGGUUAGUCCUACUCGACCUUCUUUGGUAAUGUCUUCGGGACCUGCCGUGGCAAGUGCUGUCGGGGCUAAUGAGGUAUUUUUGGAGGGUGGCAGUGCGGCCGAGACGCUAACCCCGGACACCCCUCUGUCUCCUGUGCCCACGGGCCACCAGCCCUGCACCCGUGUCAGGUCAACGCCCGCCGCGCUGAGCCCGGUCCCGACUGGUAAUUCUCAGGAUUCACGGCAGAGGUUGAGAAAUGUCUCUGGUUCUCCUGGACCCAAGGUGCAAAAGAAAGUCCACUUCAUCAAGAGUAUGCGGCAGUAUGAUACCAGAGGAUGCAGGAUCAUGCUGAUUUGUGCCAAGCGGUCGCUAUAUGCUGCUUUCUCAGUGCUGCCCUAUGGAGAGAGUGCACACCUCAGUGAUCCUAAGCUGGAGGCUCAGAGACAAAGGCUCUCCUCUGUGGUGGCUGUGGACCUGCUCCCCUCCCUGGAAGGCGUGGAGCUGGGCGCUUAUGGCAAGACAGUGUCAUACGCUCAGUUCCUUUAUCCGACCAAUGCCUUGGUGAGGCAGAAGAAUGGCUGUGUGCCCGAGAGCUGCACAGCUCAGACCCCUCAGUCACGUUUCCGUGGCAACGGGCAGAGGAACAUCACCCUGGCUCGUCUGAACAACAGCGUGGCACAGGACCCAUGUAUAGAGGAGGUGGCAGAGUAUGACCCCAACCUGCUCAGUGACCCUCAGUGGCCCUGUGGGAGACACAAGAGGGUUCUUAUAUUUGCAUCAUAUGUGACAACUGUUAUUGAGUAUGUGAAACCAUCUGACCUGAAGAAGGAUAUGAAUGAGACUUUCAAGGAGAAGUUUCCUCACAUUAAGCUGACACUGAGCAAGAUAAGAAGCCUGAAGAGGGAGAUGCGGGCUGUGAGCGAGGAAUGCGGUCUACAGCCGGUCACAAUAGCAAUGGCCUUUGUUUACUUUGAGAAGCUGGUGCUGCAGGGUCGCCUCAACAAGCAGAACAGGAAGCUGGUGGCAGCAGCGUGCGUGCUGCUGGCUGCAAAGAUUAGCAGUGAUCUGCGGAAGCCAGAAGUCAAGCAGCUCAUUGAUAAGCUGGAGGAGCGUUUCCGUAUAAACAGACGAGAGUUGAUUCCUCUGGAGUUUCCUGUGCUGGUUGCCUUGGAGAUGGGACUUUACCUCCCUGAGAGCAAGGUCAUGCCACACUACCGCAGACUGGUGCAGCAGGGUUAGACUGGAUGUGGUGAUGUCUGACACUCUGCUGGUUUCAGUAAUAACACCAGCAAGUGUGUGUGGCAAAGCAAAUUGGAACUGUGUGUGCGUGUGCGUGUGUGUGGGUUGGAUUGACCAGUUUAUAAGCUGUCGUGUUUAAAACAAUUAAUUCUGGUACUAUUUAUUUCUCGUCAGUUGUGGCUUGAGUCACUCCCUGUAUAUGAAGAAUAACUGGUUUACACUUGUUGGCAAAUGUUUUAGACUUGAUGGCAUGUGUGUCUAUCUGAAUGUCUUUUUAAACGUUUGUGACGUUCUGAUGUUGAUCCAGUCAUGAGCUCUAUGUUAGAGAUCUUCAAUGAGCACGUUUAUUGUGCUUUUAUUUUGGUUCUUCGUGACCCAGUUUUUGGUACAUCCGAGUAUUCUUCACCUCUAUUUAAUUGAAUUGUAUGCUGUGAUGUUUGUGUUUGUGGAAAACUCUUCACUUGCACCUUUCUCAUUACUAUACUGCCUGUAUAGUUUUUAUUACAAAUGACAAUGCACCACACUGUUGAUUUUGUAAAUGCCUUUUAAACCCACUGUGACAUUGAAGCAUUUUAGCCAUUGGACAGAAACAUGAAACUGUAGAUUAUGGGUGUAAAACAUGGUUUUAGUUAAGUCUGUUUUUAGAGAAGAAAGUGGCCUUUAAUUUGUUUGUACUGUACAACGCCACAUUCAUGUAUUUCUCUUGUUCUCUAGUAGAAAGAAAAUAUUCAUGUGGCAGCACUGUGUUCAGACUUUGUUGUUGGUUGACAAACUGUGCUAAUAUACAGUGUCUGUGGUGUCACGUGCAAGGAAACAGGAUCAUGGAGACAUUAUUUAUAGUAAGUGUUUUUUUUUUUUUGUUUGUUUCAUGUCAGUAACCAGGGACAUGUUUUGUUAAAAGCACUGGAAUUUAUCCCUCAGUAGUCUGGCUAGUUGUUGUAUUUUUCAGUUCUCAGGAAUUUUGCUUUCUCGUAUCUUUGAAUAGCUCAUAAAAUCUAAUCCAAAGAAACAAAAUCGUUUUUGUUACCGUAGCUAUCAUCGCUGAAAUCACAUGCACUCCAUUGUAAUCCAGUGGAAGGUAACUGAUUUGUAGUGCUUUGAAAACAACAGGAAAUCCGACUGUUGUAACUCUGAAGUAUAUGAAUAGAUGUGUGAGUUGCUUGUGCAAAUACCAGUUUGUGUUAAUCUGACUGAAGUAUGUAUUGUGAAGUAACUCUUCAGAUUUCUGUGCCAUUAGGUGGACAAGUAAUGCAGGAGAAAGAAGUGCCUGAAACUACAGUGGCAGUGAAAUGGUUAACCAUCUUAUCAUAAGUGAUAUUUAACGUUGACAUUUCUUCGUCUUGCUGCCGUAGAGAUCCUUAAAUGUUGAGGUUGCUCUCGUCUGGGAAAGAUAAUCAAACACUUUCUGGACAGUCUUUAUAGUCGUAGACAUGAUGGUGAUUCAGUUUUGUGUCUGCAGUGGUAAAAAAUGUGUCACAAUAAACGUCCAAAAAGAGCGGUGUAACUGCAGAAUAUGGAUCUGUAUGGUUGAUGUCAAAUUGUUAAAUAUUCAUUGUUUUCAUACUGUAAAAUGA